CCCUUUUUAAGACAAUAACCACAAAUCAUCUACAAGAGCAGGCGGUUUACAAAAUUGUUCUGGUGCUGCACAAAAGCCGGACUGAGAUGAGUUUUCAACCUUAGAGAAGUACAAUCAAUCACCAUGAACCAGUAUAUAAAUACACCCCUCAUCACCUCUCCAUAAUCACCAAUAGCUCACAAUCAAAUCCUCUUUUGUGUGCCUUCUCAUUCCAAAUAAAGAGUCAAGAAAAGAAAACAAGAGAAGAGAGAAAAAAACACAAGAGAGGUCAACAGCAAUGGCAAGACUCACACAAGUUGCAAUCAUCUUGGCUGCAGCAUUCUGCUUCCUCUCUCUUGUCGACGUUGCCGACUCCCACGCCCCUAAAUUCAUCGUUGAUGGAAAGGUCUAUUGUGAAGUCUGUCGUGCCAAUUUCACUAAUAGAUACAGCGAGCCUAUGGCAGGAGCAAAAGUGAAGUUGGAAUGCAAGAACGAGGUGACCGAGAGCGUGACAUACACCUUGGAGGGUGAGACCAACGAGAAAGGAGUGUACACGUUGACGGCAGAAGGUGAUCAUGGGGAGGACUUGUGUGCGGUGACAUUACUGAAGAGCAGCAUGGCUGAUUGCGCUGAGGUUCCAGAUGAGAAGCCUGCAGCUGAAGUCACCCUCACCCUCAACAAUGGUUUUCAUGAUGAGUUCCGCCACGCCAACCCUCUUACCUUCACCAGGAAGGAAGCCUUGCCUGAGUGCGCUGAGCUCUUCAAAGAACUCGAAGAGGCCAAGAAAGAUGAAUAGAUCUUAGUUUGAUGCAAUUAUGUAUGAGCUAAUAAUUCUUUACAUUGUCAAUUGCAAAAAAAACAUCAACAACCCUAAUAAAAUAAUUAAAUAGACAUAUAUUACA